AUGUCGGGGGGACCUUACGAUCCUCGUCUGUUUUUCAGCAUCAACAAUAUCAGAGCGUUCCAUAUUCAGAAUGGAGAGGAAUCGGAACUCACCCCAUCCGGCCCUCAAACACUCUCUCUUUUGAUGGUCCCAACCUCAUGCCCGUCUACGGAUCCCGAAUUAGCCUCCCAGCCUCCAGAAGACGACUUUUACCUCCAUCUACACCUCCCCCCCGAGUUGGAUCUGCCUUUACCCGCAACUACUCAGAUAUACCACCAGCCACCCGACAGCUACCUCAUCCCACGCUGGGAUCUGGGACCCGAAGCCGGGGCAUUCACGCGUAUCCAAUUUCCUCCAAUCGGCAAUGGUCCAGAUGAAGUGUCCCAGGAAGACGUGGACACCUUUGAAACUAUUCUCGCUCAGUGUACGGCCUUCCUCGAGCGGUCUUCCCCCCCGAACUUUGCUAAAUAUAACCCUGCCACAUAUGCUCCUGGUGAAGGAUACGUUGGAACCGGGAGUGACCACAGGAGUGAGACUGCGAAACCCAAGUCCGGUCAAAUCGUCCUGGUUGACGAGGAGAAUGGAAGCGUGGUUGGAGAGCUGACGGAUGGCUUUAACGUCGUGGAGGCUGCAGAUGUGAAGCACGGCUCGAAGAAUCCGGUUGAAAUCCAGCUCCCCUCUGAGGGACAAGGUAGCAAGAUCAGAGUUCAGAAUAUCUCUGAAGAAUAUCUUCACACCGCGAGACACCCGGCCUAUGCAAAGUCCACCAUUGUUCAGACAUCCGUCACCGCCUCGCGCCUGUUGGUUGCAGGUUCUGCGUUUAUCGGCAAGUCCCUGCAAUCCGGCGCAAACACCUUCACCCAGAAAACAAAGCCCAAUGCCAAACCCAUGACAUUCAAACCAACGACCCACGCUCGGAUCCGGAGGAUCAAUACAAUCUCCACCAGCGCCGCGGGACUCUCAUCCAAAACUGUUGGUACGGUAACCCAGAUAGCGCAGAACCUGGGCGCCUCCGUCGCGGGCAAGAACCAAGGUUCAAAACCAAAAGGCUACGAUGAAAAUGGCCAGCCAAUCUACGAAUACAAGCCCGGUAUCCUGAAUAAGUCCCUCAUCGCCUUCUCGACAAUCGCAGACGGCAUCGACCAGAGCGCAAAAAAUCUCCUGCAUUCGGGACAAUGUGCCGCAACCACAGUCGUUGGCCACCGCUACGGCGAAGAGGCUGGCAGAGUCACCGCCAACCUAGCUGGCGGGGUGAAAAAUGUCGGCCUGGUCUACAUUGAUGCUGCGGGCGUGUCUCGCAAGGCCGUUCUCAGAUCCGUUGCGAAGGGAAUGGUAGUAGGUCGCAUGAAGGAUGGACAGCAAAUUGUCGUUGGCGGCGAUGAUCAUAAGCCGCAUCCUGGAUUGUUUGGGCAGCAGCCUCCACCGCCUCCCCCUCUCAUGGGGUCGGGGAGUAGCCAAAGCUUAUCUGGCUUAACAGCUGUCAACCCUCCUCACCAUCCUCGUGGUCCGUCGCCCGCUCCUACUCCACCACCUGCCUAUGGUGUGCAGACUGGGCGCUCGCUGGGCGGCACGCCAUUGCGUAAUGGCAAGCAAUCGAACGUUUAA